CAAAAGGAAAAGUUGCCUGGGUGGAAGCCAUGAAAUUGGGCUAGGGCAAAUAAGGAGAGGCUAUGAGGAGAUGAAUGAGAAGCAGACUCUGGAAACAGAGAUCAGUGGGGAGGCAGGGAAAGGGCUGAACCUAGGAGACAGCAAGGAAAUGCAUAAGGCUGUUUUGGCCAGAACUGAUUGAAGGAUUGAUCCCCUUGUGUGAGUUCUGUCAACUGGCAGACCAGCUUGGAGGCCAGGACACAAGCAGAAGUUUGUUUUUCUUCUGCUGUUGUUGCUUCUUUUAAGCAUGGUAGCCCCUUUAAAGCAGCUGUUCUACAGAUACUCAGCACCAUUUCCCUUUUUUUUUUUUUUUAAAGGAAGUUUGAUAACACUUUCUGCAACUGACAUUGCAUCCACACAUUUUCGGAGUCUGUUUCUUAACAUGAGCAGCAGUGAACUCUGAACAAUUUCAAGAAUACUCCCUUAAUUUCUUUGCACUCCUCUCACUCCACUCUGUCUAUCUUACCAACAAGUUCCUAUUUUUUUCCCACUAUGGAAAAUAUCUAAAUUUUGAAUCGUAAGAAAUUUAGCACUGCUUCCAUAAGGGAGCAGUAAUCCUCACAGAAUCUCAUUCUCUGGAUAUCCUCUAUCACCCUUUUCCUUUGGAAAAUGCCUGGUAAUACACUAACAGCUCCCUGUUGGCAUUUCUGCCAGCCUCCAGCUUUGUUAUCAGCCACAGGCACUGGAAGAAAAGAAGAUUUAAACCUCUCUUGCACUAGCACCAGACAGUGAGUGAUUGGACUAGCACAUGCUCAGUGGGACAGACCUUUCUCUGUUUAGAGUCAUGCUCCUCCUGAUCAGCUUUUACAGAAAAGGAGCUUCAGAAAUGCUAAAUGAUCACAAAUUAAUCAGUCUUCCUACAAAGGCUGCCUUAGCUAGGUCUCCUGACUCUGCUAUGGCCUCAUGUAAAUCAGAAAUAAAGAAUUAGCAUCAAAACUGCAGCGGCCUGAGGGAGUAUCUAGCAACAUUGUGUGAGAAAUUACAGUAUUCUCGUGACUGAGCCCCAGACCCUUCCAAGCAUCAGCAGAAAGUCUGUGAGCUGGAAAAAUGUGAAUUGAUUUUUUUUCCACUAUUUGCAUCCUGCUCAAGACUCCGAGAAUGCGAAAUUGAACAUCGGAAAGAUAAAUCGAGUUCUGGCUAACCAAGUUCCUAGUCCCCGAUCCUAUUUGUUUUCUAGUUUGUUUUCUCGUAGGAAGGCUGAGGAACAGAGAGGAAAACGAGCCUCGUGGGAGGUUACGAUGGGUAAAUUGCCGUCUUGGGGGCACGGGACAGUUGUUUGCUUAAGGGCGCCGGGCUCGGGGCCACGGCCACCGCCUGAGGGGAGGGAGAAGAAGGGAGGGAAAUGGAAGGGAGGAGAGGGGAAGGCAGAGGCGGGCCCGUCAGCGGCACCUCCCCGGCGGGCGGGGCGGGGCGCCUCUCCUUUGCGCCAUGAUGAACAAAUGACCUCGCGGGGAAUGAAAUUUAAGUUCCACCGGGGGGAGAGAGUUCUCUGCUUCGAGCCCGACCCCACCAAGGCCAAAGUGCUCUAUGAUGCCAAGAUUGUUGAUAUUAUUGUCGGAAAAGAUGAGAAAGGCAGAAAGAUUCCAGAAUAUCUGAUCCAUUUUAAUGGUUGGAAUAGAAGCUGGGAUAGAUGGGCAGCUGAAGAUCAUGUUCUUCGUGAUACAGACGAAAAUCGCAGAUUACAACGUAAAUUGGCACGGAAGGCUGUGGCUCGCAUGAGAAGAAAAGGAAGAAAGAAGAGACGUUGCAGGUUGCCUGGUGUUGACUCUGUAUUAAAAAGCCUUCCUGCUGAGGAAAAUGACGAGAGUAGCGAAAACUCUAUAAGUAGUUCUUCUGAUGACAGUGAUGAAGGAACAGAUGAAGAAAUAAAAAGUGAAGACAGUGACAUAGAAGAUAGGACAGAAAUGAAAGAAGAACAAGACACUCAUACAAAAAGGGACAUGGAAGAAAGAGCAAUAAACAUUGAAAUUCCUGAAGUCUUGAAAAAGAAGCUUGAGGAAGACUGUUACUAUAUUAAUAGAAGAAAACGGCUGGUGAAGCUUCCUUGCCAGACAAAUAUAAUAACCAUCCUGGAGUCAUAUGUGAAACAUUUUGCUAUUAAUGCUGCUUUUUCAGCCAAUGAAAGGUCUCGGCAUCAUCAGAUGACUCCGCAUGCUAAUAUGAAUAUUCAUUAUGUGCCACCAGAGAAGAAUGUCGAGCUAUGUAAAGAGAUGGUUGAUGGGCUGAGAAUAACCUUUGACUUCACACUUCCAUUAAUUUUGCUCUAUCCUUACGAGCAAGCUCAAUUUAAGAAGGUGACUUCAUCAAAAUUCUUUCUUCCCAUCAAAGAAAACUCAACAAAUACUAACAGAAAUCAGGAGGAGCUUUCCCCAAGUCCUCCUCUGCUGAACCCACCAACACCUCAGUCAACAGACAGCCAGCCUCCAGCAGGGGAGCCAGCCACACCAAAAAGGCGAAAAGCUGAACCUGAAAUUCUGCAGUCCCUGAGACGUUCUACACGCCAUACCUCUAACUGUGACAGGUUGUCAGAAAGUAGUGCUUCCCCACAGCCGAAGCGGCGGCAUCUUGACACCCCAGCUUCUAUGCCAAAGCUCUUCUUGCACCUGGAAAAAAAGACCCCUGUCCAUAGUGGAUCAUCUUCACCUAUAACUUUGACUCCUAGCAAAGAGGGGAGUGCGGUUUUUACUGGCUUUGAAGGUAGAAGAAACAAUGAAUUGAAUGAGGUUUUGUCCUGGAAACUGAUGCCAGAGAAUUAUCCACCAAGUGAUCAACCACCACCUCCAUCAUAUAUCUAUGGAUCUCAACAUUUGCUACGGAUGUUUGUAAAGCUACCAGAAAUACUGGGGAAGAUGUGCUUUCCUGACAAAAACCUAAAGGCUUUAGUAAAACACUUCGAAAUGUUUCUGAGGUUUUUAGCAGAAUACCAUGAUGAUUUCUUCCCAGAAUCUGCUUAUGUAGCUGCAUGUGAAGCCUACUACAGUACUAAAAAUCCCCGGGCAAUCUACUGAAGCUAUUAAUAAAGAUUAAAUCCUACUAUAUGUAGCCCAUGACAAUGCUGUUCUGCCACGUGGCUACAAGAUGAAGAUGAAAAAAGAAUUGAAACAACUUUCAGAGGUGAAGUAAUAGGGGGAUAUCUUCUCUGAUGGUUGGAUUACUUAAAACAACUGAGGAACUUCUUUUCAGAUGUGUAUAGACUAUCUUCUGAAUUGCUUAGAGGAUUGAAUAUAAACCCAACUCCCAACGAACCAAUGAAUGAAGAAGCCCACUCUGACUUCUAAUGCAUAGGACUGCAUAGAACUACUAAAAAGGAAGGGAGGGAAAAGCAGAUGCAUUAGCAACAGGACAUUUUCAUGAAGAUAAAACAUCAUGCUGUUUCAUUUUAGCUCGACCCUCCCCAGCCUGAGUAGUAAGACUUGGCUACACAGUUACGUGAAGAGAAUGUGCAACUGCUACCUUACGGAUUUUUAUCUUACAAAUUGCACUUCGUUUUGUGAAACUGUCACAGUAGAAAAGAUUGCUUAAGUUAAAGGAUUUUUUUAUGCUGUUUGGCUUGUGUGACAUCUGUCUCAAGAAUGACUUUGCUUGAAUGAAAGAUGUGUUGCUUACUUUGCGUUUUGCAAAGAUGUCUCUAGUUCUUGCCAUGGUAAGGCUGUCAGAGUUCCAAGGAGAGCCAUGCCAGUGCUUCAACAUUUACCUGACUAUAAAUGAUUCCAGAGCCAUUAUGAAAGGACAGAUUUUCUACAAGUAAGUGGAGAAGUCAAUAAAGUGAUGGCAGUUUAACUGGCAAACACUUCUUUUCUUAAUAAAGUAUACAGUGGCUGCUGUUUAAA